CCACUUUUCUCUAGGGAUUGCCCUCUAAAUCGCCCAUGAAGCAGCAUGUCAAGACACCAUGGAGUAGGGGUCUACUUAGUGGUGGAUCACCGGGGCCUGUGAACAAAAAUGCCAGGGAACCUGGGGGGAGGUGCUGAGUUCGAUGUACAUCCUGUGACAAUACAGCCUUAGUCACCACUUUGGUCUCCACUGCCUGAAACAAGUGUUGCUUCACUACUUCCUCCUCUUCCUCAGGUCCCUCCACAGACACCAUCUUAAACCGAGUUCAGCCAUCACUUCUGCUUUCUUUGUCAAACCACUCAAAUGUCCAUCCCUUGUUGACAAGAGAAGUUACAGCAGAGGUUUGCCAAGUGUCUUUACAUAUAAUCUCAUUGGAGGCUCAUCACCACCCUGUGAGGUAGGUACUUCAGCUUUUAUCAAUCCCAUUUUACAGAUGAGGCAAGAAGUUUAAUAAUUUGCCCUUGACUCUAUAAUUAAUAAGUGUCAGAAACAGGAUUUGAACUUCUGUUGUCUUUCUGACUUACACUGAGCUAAAUGGAAAGAUGCUGAUACCAUGAAUAGAAAUAGGGAAGUCAGGAAAGGAAGUCAGCUUUGGGGAGAAGUUUGAGAAGCUUUAAAUACUUUAAAUGUAAGCUAAUAGCAGUGCAUCAAAUCGACAAUGUCUUAAUAGGAAGCUAGAAAUGUGGGACAAAAGCUCUAGGAGGUAGGUCAGAAGUCAGUCAGUCAAUAAACAUUGCCAGACACUGUACUAAGUGCUGGGGACUAUGAAGGCAGAGAUGUACAAUACCUCUCCACAGAGGUGCUGUCUCCAAAGGGAAAGAGAUGACCCAAAGGGGGCUAGAAAGAGGCAUUAUCAAAAAAAGGAAAGGGAUCAGUCAGAGAAGGUUAGAGCUAAGAUGGCACAGCAUUACUGAAAAACAAAACAAGAAAUCCAAGACUGUGUGAGGAGGCACAGACUAUCUGUCCCAAGAGCAAAACAUGGAUUAUUAAAAGUUAGUCAAUCAUACAAGUCUUUCCUUGGGGCAGAUAGAGAGCCAAGCCUGGAGUUGGGAGGACCUGGGUUCAAAUAUGGCCUUAGCUGUGUGACCUGAGCAAAUCACUUAACCCUAAUCACCUGCCUCUUAACUGCACUUUUGCUUUGGACUGAUUCUUAGUAUGGAUUCUAAAACAAGGGAAGGGUUUAAAAAACAAACAAACAAACAAACAGAAAAAGAAAAAGAAAAGAAAAAACAGCAUUUGCUCCUCUUUGAUGGACUUAAAUAUAAUCUUGUUAUUCUAAGACAUUUCUAAACAAAACAAAGCAAUAUGAACAUAUUCAGCCUUUCAAUAGAAAGCCUAAAAGUGAUUGCUAAGUGAGUCUUUUGGAUGAUGAGUCAGUAUCAUAGAGAAGGAAAGUUGAAGCCCUCAGAGAUGGAUCACCAGUGUCAAUUGCUACUGAGAGGGGAAGGAGCAUGAGAGCUGAAGACAGCACCCAUCCGAUCAGUGAUUAGAUGGAUACUCACUGGGUGCUUUGGAGGGUAGAACAGGUGAACUCCUAUUGCAAGUGGAGGUAGCCACUGAACACAGAAGAAUUUGGCAUCAGGGGAAAAAAAAGAAAAAGAUUAGCUAGAUUAAACAAGGGGCAGCACUUUACUUGUACUACUUGAAAGCCAGGGAACCAACAACAGUCUGCAGCAGGAAUGAAUGGUCCCUGAAUAAUGAAGAGUACUAUGCAUUUGUUUUCUGGGUAUUGCAAUACUUUAAGGUUCUGGUAUUUCCUAGGCUUGAGGAACCCUUUUGCUGCUGUGAAUUUUGACCAUUCUCUGACUCCUUAAAUUACUUUAAUGUAACUGAGAAGUACGCCACCAUGUAGUCAACUUGACAAAGGGCCUGCCCACAUACUGGUCUUCAAUAAAUGGAAUGCAGUUCCUCACUGACAUUUCCCUGUAUCAUCUCUCAAUAGAGAAGGUAAAUGAAAGCCCAAAUAUAACCUUCAAGAUGAUAGCUAACUGCCCCUUUGUUUUCUUUUACAGUGGGGAAAAAAAAAUCAGCUUGUUAUGGUUUAGGCUUCUGAAAUGGAUCUCAAGCAUUUCAUCAUAAUGCUCCUCUGUGGCUACUUGAAAAUCCCAAUUCUAACAAAAAGCCAGGCAUACUCCACAGUCUCACCUCAGACUAGUCCUUUUAAGUCAUCAGUGUUGGAUACAACAGCUAAUUUUGAAAAAGGAACAGAGAAGCCUCUCAAUCAACAACCCAUCAACACUCCAUCAGCACAACCACCACCAUCGCUGACCUCUAGCCCUUCUGAGCAACCAUCAGCUUCACCUGUACCUAGAUCUUCUGGUGAACUACUACUGUCAACUGUUCCUGAUACCUCCCGACAACCAUCAUUGAUUCCCACGACUUCUGGUCAAACACCAGUGCCACCUGUCCUUAAGUCCUCCAUUCAACCAAUGGCAUCACCCGUCCACAAUCCCACCAGUCAACCACCAGGACCACCUGUCCCCAGCUUCUCUGGGCAACCAGCAGCAUCACCCAUCCCCAACUCCUUCAGUCAAUCACCAAGACCACAUGUUCACUACUCCCCAAGUCAAUCACCAGAAACUCCUAUCCCCAAUUCCACCAGACAACCAUCAGUAGCACCAGUCCCUAGCUUCUCUAAGAAACCACCAGAAUCCUCUGUCCCCAGCUCUAGUAAGCAAUCGGCAUCAACAGUUGUAACCCCAGGAUUCAUUGAAGAAGAGAAUAAUGAUAUCAUCCAAAAAAAACCUUCAAGCUCUUCUGCCAGUUCAAUAGCUGGGGUGUUAAUUGGCACAAUUCUGACUUUUAUGAUAGUAGCUAUAAUUAUGAUUGUACUAUGGAAAUGCUUCAGAAAACCAAUCCUCCAUGACCAAAACUGGGCUGGUCGGUCUCCCUUUGCUGAUGGAGAAACUCCUGAUUUGUGUAUGGACUAUAGCAGAGAAAAUGGAAAAUCCAUAAAACGUUCAUCAAUUGUUUCACUUGAGAUCUGGAAACCAAACAAAAGCAUGCUCUUAGCGGAUGAUUUGGAUGUCAAAUUAUUUGAAUCAAGUGAAAAUCUUGAUGAGUGUCCUAAGUCAGAAACAGAGAAAAUGAAAGACCCACCAAAUGGCGUAUCAGAGGACAGUACUGACAGAUCAACCAUUGGCACCGCUAUUUCCUCUUCAGAAGAGACAGAAUUGACUCCAGCUCCAGCUCUUCUUGCUUUAGAAGAGCCAGGAAAUCAGACUCCUGACUCAUCUAACAUGCCUCUAAGUGAUUUCUCUCAUCUACCACCUCCUGUGGACUGUCUCGAUUCUGAGGUCAGGCAGUCGCUGCCUCCUCCUUCUGACUCCUCUACACUGCCCCCACCUCCAGAAGACCUUCUCAGCAGUCAGGAGGAAUAUAGUACAAAAACCCCUAAUUCAGUUUCAUCAACAUUAGAGACCGAGUUCCCUAUUCCUCCUGACUCUAGUCAACAAGCCUUGGAUGAAUUGCUGCCACCACCACCAGCAGAACUAUUGUGAAUGAUCACAGUUUGCCGAUUUGAAGACUUGAAAAAAGGUUAGAGACAGGAAGGUUCUGGGUUCAAAUAUAGCCUCAGACACUUCCUAGUUGUGUGACCUUGGGCAAGUCACCUAACCCCAAUUGCCUAGCUCUUACUGCUCUUUUGCCUUGGAACCAAUACUUCUUGCCUCUUCUAAGACACAAAGAGUUUUAAAAAAAAGAAAGAAAAAAGAUUAACUUUACUAUUUUCCUUCAAUGAUGGGAAAAUCAAACUACCAUCCAACUUAGAUUUCCACACAAUUUGCUUAAAACUCACUUUUGCUCAUGUAAAUAUUAACGAGUGCUACCCAUAGAGUAGAAAUUAUUUUCUGAUAUUUGACUAUUUGCUGAGUUUCGCAGAGUAUCUGACUGUUAAAUUUUAAAGCAUAGGGAAAAAAAUCUGUUUAAUGUUUUAAUAGACAACUCUGUUCAGGAGUUUUACAUGAUAGUGGUCCUCUUUAAAGGAGGACUUAUAACAAGGUUUUGUAUUGAAUUUCUUAGAAGCUAUAAUCUUUGAGAUGGCAUCAUUUUCUAAGAUGUUUCUUCAAUUUAAUUAAAAUAUUUUAUAUGCAG